AUGAGCGGUAUGCUGGAGAAGAAGUGGACAUCGGUGCUGCGGCUGCAAAAGAAGGUAAAUGAUCUCGAAGCAAAACUGGCUGAAGCAGAGAAAGAAAUCAAUCACGGUGCACCGUCAAGAGAGAAGCGGCAACCAGCUGAAUGGAUUCCGCGUCCACCAGAGCGAUAUGCCCUUACCGGACAUCGGGCUCCAAUUACUCGUGUAGUAUUUCAUCCUGUCUGGAGUGUGAUGGCGAGCUGCAGUGAGGAUUCCACGAUUAAAAUUUGGGACUAUGAGACUGGUGAAUUCGAGCGCUCGCUGAAAGGACACACGGAUUCGGUACAGGACAUUGCUUUCGACAAGACCGGAAAAAUGCUUGUGUCGUGCUCGGCUGAUAUGACGAUCAAAGUGUGGGAGUUUGGCGGCUCAUAUGCCUGUGUCAAAACAUUGAAGGGACACGAUCACAACAUCUCCUCUGUCUGCUUCUUGCCCUCCGGUGAUGCAAUUCUAUCAGCAAGCAGAGAUCACACCAUCAAGUUGUGGGAGGUAGCUUCCGGUUAUUGUGUGCAUACAUUCCGAGGACAUUCUGAAUGGGUACGAAUGGUGCGCGUCUCACCAGAUGGCGUACUUUUUGCGUCCGCGAGUAAUGAUCAGUCCGUAAUGGUAUGGUCGCUGCAGUCGAAAAGUGUAAAAGCAACUUUACGUGAACAUGAGCAUGUCGUUGAGUGUAUU